AUGAAGAAAGCCGCAAACUCACAACCUUUAUUACUCCCUGGAGGUCGUUAUUGGUACAGAAGAAUAUCCAUGGGACACUGUUCAGCUUCAGAUGCCUACACCAAGAGGUUUGAUGACGCCAUCAAGGACAUUCCCCGAAAACACAAGUGUGUGGAUGAUACUCUUCUAUAUGACAACAGCGUCGAAGAGGCCUUCUGGCACAUGUAUAAUUUCUUGGACACAUGUGCCAAAAAGGGAAUAACCCUCAAGCCAGAGAAAUUCAGCUUCUGCCAAAGAGAAGUGAGCUUCGUCGGAUUCCAGCUGGGAUGGGAUUCCUAUAGGCCCACAGAGGAGAGUCUAGCUGCCAUACAGAGAUUCCCUAUGCCUGACAACCCCUCGGUCACUGACAUCAGGUCAUGGUUUGGCUUUGUCAACCAGUUGGCACCCUUCCUUGCCACUGCCCCGCUGAUGGAACCCUUCAGAGACCUCCUGAAGAAGUCUGCAAGCAAGAAUGUCUACUGGGAUAACAACCUACAAGAGAGAUUCCAUCAAGCACAGGAGGCCAUAUGCAAGCUGGCUAAGGAUGGGCUGGUAUACUAUGACAAGACCCGACCUACGGCAGCCCUAACAGAUUAG